AUGAGUAAGCGCCAAGAGCUUCUAAUUUCUUCACAAAAGAAGUGUAACCCAGCCGCAGGAAAGCAUUCAUUUACAAAACCUAAGACACAGCAAUUACGCGAAGCCCUCAUCCUGAAAUCUCAGACCCCCACAAACGAAAGUUUGUUAGGUGAUGCUGGUAUUCAGGUGAACAUGGAUUGCCAUCACCAAUAUCCACCACAUAUAAAAAUCCAUCAUAGCUUUAUAGAUUGUCCAAACAUUUCACCUCCAUCGUGUAUUCCCAGUCCCAAUUCAGAGCCCAUUAACAAUCAAGAGUUACGUUACAAUUGUCAAACUUUCCACACUGUAUCAGAAAAUGACCACAUAUUACCUGAAUUACAAGGGACUUCUGAAAUGGGACCUCUAGUAGACAUAGCCGCGAACCGAUGUAUACCUGUAGAAUCAGGCUCAAACGUUGCACUUAAUGAGUGUCCUGAACCAUAUUCUUUCUCAAAGUUGAUGAAUAAUUCAGUUCAGCAAGUCAACCCUCUUAAUGAUAUGGAAUCUAAUUUAUUCGAUGAAGUUGGAUAUGUCGGUGAAGAUGAAAUGGCACAACAUUCAGAUGAAGAAAACUAA